AAUCACGCAACCUCGGCCAUGGCGAAGCGAGCCAAGCCGACGCCGGCGCUGCUGCCCGAGCUCUUUGAGCAAGUCGGCCGGUUCAUCAUGACGUCCACGGAGAUGGCGGCCUUUCUCGAGGCGCUGCCGGUAGAGUGGCUCUCGGAGCCGCUGGCCGCGCUGCUCGAGCUCUUCCGUGCGGUGCGCUCUCGGCGGCUCAUGGUGCCGGCUGGCGACGUUUUUCACCCGUGCCACGUGCGCCUCUGGCCAUACUUUGAGCUCCCGUACGAGGUCACGGACCCGCAGCUGCGCGGCUGGAUCGCCAAGGCCAUGGUUUUAAGCCCGGUUGUCGACAUCAACGGCUUUGACCUGCCGCCGUCGUACCCACUGCAACCCCGGACGCGCAUCAACCUGCACGCUGUCUCGACGUGGGAGAUGCUCCAGCGCGCAAUUGAGCUGUGGCCCGAGCGCAUCGAGUGCAUUGAGAUUUCGUUCGGCGACGACGUCAACAAUCAGUGGCCGGCCGCGUCCGUUGGAGCGAUGCGCGAGGCUCUGCGCACGCUCCCGGCGCUGCGAGAAGUCGCGUUCACAUCGCACAGCAACGUGAUCAACCGCGAUCCGCUGCCGCUCAUCCAAGCGCUGGCACCGACGUCCAUUAUCUGCGCCGAGCUCAUUUACCCCCACGUCACGUGGUCGACGGCCACGGUGACGGCGAUGGCCAACUGGCUUCGCACCGGGUCGCUUAAGGUCGUCGUGCUCGAAGGGGCUUGCAUGACAGACGCCGAUGGCACUACGCUGUGCAAGGCCAUUGCUGACUCGUCGACUCUGCUCGACCUCGAGAUCAAGGGCGGGUCGCUGCCGUUUCGAUUCUUCAAGGACAUACCGGCGCUACCGAGCCAGCUGCACUCGCUCGUCCUCGAGUUGCUCGUGCACGACGACCUGCCGGCGAUCACGUCGGUGCUCUCGUCGUCCCAGCUUCAGCUGGUCACGCUCGGCUUUGAAACCGUGUCGCCAAACCCGGCCCCGGCCGCGACGCUGGCCAUGAUCCAAGCGCUGGGGCGACUGCGCCGGCUCCGGCGCCUCGAACUCACCAUGAUCGAGCUCUCGCCGGCGUGUGUGGCGAGCUUGGCGUUGCUGCUUCCGCAGAUGACCAACUUCUACUUGGAGGCGAGUGGCCUCGGCGACGAUGAGAUUGGGCUCUUGGCGGCCGUCCUUCCCCGGUGCCCGUCGCUCGGGUAUCUGCAUUUGAUCGACCAAGCGUGCACAUACGUCGGCGCCAUGGCCCUUGCCGCGGCGGUUCCCUUGUGCCCGCCGCUGCGCAAGAUCGACUUGCGCGGCAACCGCAUCGGGUCCAUCGGGGCACAUGCGCUCAGCAGCGUCCUGCCGCAUCUGCUCGAGUGCGACCUCUCGGAAAACAAAAUCGGCUUUGACGGUGCGCUCGCCAUCAGCCGCGUCGUGCCUGCGACGUGCCACAUGGAGAUGCUCGGGCUCCAGGGCAACCCGCUCGAGAAGGAAGGCUUGCUGGCCAUCAUCCACGCGCUCGAGCAUUGCGUGCACCGCGAUGGCGUCAUCAAAGUCUCCGACACCCUCGCCUUGGACGAAGACCGUCAAGAGUGUGACGAGGCCGUCGACCGACUACCAGACGCGGCGUGGAUCACGUUUCGUGAAGACGAGCCGUUUGACGGAUAAGAACUGAGAUGCCGCUUAUAUAUACCCGA